AUGGAAGUAGAGAAGUUUGCUAAUGACUUCUAUAUGUGCUACUUUCUGGUAAAACAAGCAAAGUAUAGCUUGAAGAAAGCAAAUUUUGCACAAAAAACGGAUAGAUUGCAAAGGUAUUCAAACAGAGAUGAAUGUCACCUUAUCUGUCAUAUGAGAAGUGUGCAACCGAAUCAAUUCGAUGGUCAACAAGUGGUCAUACUGCUGCUUACAUAUGCCAUGCGGAAUGUACAAUGUCAAGCAUGUGUUGACAUUGCUAGCACAGAUAGAUCAUUGACUAACGAUUACCACCCAUUUUGGUCAUCGUCUGACAAGAUGUCGACAAUUGAAAAUACAAGAUACCAAAUAAGUGAAAGUGUUAAAGAUACUUAUUAUAAUUUGAGCUCACUAAGUAAUCUUUUAAGAAAUCAAAUUGUUGAGUAA